UUUGGACGAAGGCGACGCAAAGUAAGAAUGACGAAUCAAGGAACCUGGAUACAGUUAGACAGCUUCACAUGCCCAGCAGCUGGUUGUAGCGCAAGAACAAAAGGGAAAUGGGUCUGUGCUACAGAUAAUUCGGAUAUGUACAUCAAUGAACUGGGAAAAAUGAAGUGUUACAAUGGUACACACAUUGCUGAUCUCUGCAAGUGGGGAUGGAACUGUGGUAGCAGCUCCCACAAUGGCAAGUUUGUGACUGCGGACUUCGAGGGAUUCUCAUUCGCACUUUCACAGGCGGUACAACUGAUGACGAAAGGCGGUUCUGAAUGGGUUUCAAAAUUGGUUAUCGAAAUUGGAAAACAAUACGGCAAUAAGUGAAGCACUUUUUCUUCUGUUCGCCAGGAAAGUAGGCUUUGACCACAUGUGAAAUUUAAAUUGCUUUUACAAACGUCAUUUCUUGAUUGAAGAAGGACAUUCGUUGAUUUUUUUUCGAAAUGAAACAAAACAUAUAUAUUAUAAUGCAUGACGACAAAUACAAAUAUACGAAUAUAUGUCAUUUUUGAAGCAUAGUUCUUUAAUAUAUUAUUCACCCAUUUAUUACGCGAAAACAAACCAUUCAUACACACCGAUACUAGAGACAUGAUUUUUAUAUCCAUUUGUCUCAAUACGACUUUUUUUUUCUAAUUAACAUGCUUUUUUUUAAAUAAUAAACUUUUAAAAUAUGAAGACAUACAAAAGAGGCAAC